AUGCCACGAAAAGGCCCAACAAAAUACGAUCCAGAGGAAGGCACGAUGAAGCGCGUUCCGAGCAAUGACGAUGUUUCCGAACCCGACCAGAUGCCAGCGACACCUCCAUCGACAUCUUUCCGAGCUCAAUUGACCAAGUACAAGUAUACGCAGACCGCGGAUACCGCAAAUCAUCAACUAGCACCGGCAUCGCCCAUGCCAGUGACAAAGCGCACAAGGGCGACCGUGACAGCAGCGGUCGGAGGUGUUAGCGAACCUUCUCCACCGCCGAAGAAGAAGCGGAAGCCUAGCAAAUAUGCCGGCCCAGCGAAAUAUGCCCAUCUUUCGCCGCUUGUCGACAUACUCGAACCCAAUUUGAUAUGUGUCUUUGUCGGUACAAAUCCAGGCGUCCAGACCGCCAUCGCGGGACACGCUUACGCGCACCCAUCGAACCACUUUUGGAAGCUGCUUCACUCAUCAGGGUUGACAAAUCGCCGGCUAAAACCAGAGGAGGACCGAAGUCUCCCAGCCCAAUUCUGUAUGGGCAACACAAACAUUGUCGAUCGGCCCUCCAAAGAUGCUGCUGAGCUGUCGAAAGAGGAAACAGCGGCAGGUACGGCAAGCCUAGAAGCCAAAUUUCGCAAAUUCAAACCAGAAGCUGUGUGUAUAGUAGGCAAGGGUAUAUGGGAAGCCAUAUGGUGUUACCGUCACGGCAAGAACCCCAGCAAGAAAGAUUUCAAGUAUGGAUGGCAGGACGAGAAGCAUAAUAUGGGCAAGACUCCGGAUGACGCCGGAGAGGAGCUAGAUGGAAACGGCAACGUCUGGAAGGGGUCCAGGGUGUUCGUAACUACAAGUACGAGCGGUCUAGCCGCAAGUCUGAAGCCAGCGGAAAAGGAGGCAAUCUGGAAGCCUUUUGGCGAGUGGGUGCAGAAGAGAAGGGCUGAACGAGGCUUUAUACCUCGGCCAGAAGAGGCGCAGGAAGUUAUCGACAAGACAGGGGAAACGUAAGCGCGAGUAAGUCGCCGUUUCGCGACCGGGUUAUAACAAAACAAUGAAUAGAUAGACAGCGAAUGAAGUAGCCUUGC